AGUAGAAGUCCUGUGUGUGUGUUUGGUUGUACCUUGCGGUUAAUAUUUGAUUUGGAAUCAUCCUUUGGUCUGCUCGGGGAUGACAUUUGUCUCAGCAGUUCCUUUUUUGCAGCUGGCAAGUUGUCCUGGUCCAUACUUUCCAACUUGAACCUCCUCCAGUCAUUGAUGACUCCUUUUGGACCUACAGAAAAGGUGGCCGGCACCAGCUCCCAGUUGACCCCUGCUCCUGCCACCUGCAAGGCGUCACGUAACUCCGGUCUUGGAUCACGGCCUGUGCACCAGCCUGAUAAAGAUGUCUUGGACCUGCAGUUCAGCAGGAAAGGCUUGGUGAAGCCGGGUGGUGGCUGCUUCAUAGUUCUGAGUCCACAGUUUGAGGUGGCUCUCUUCGUCAUCUUCCUCAUGUCGACUCAGAAGAUGACACCUUUGGUGAAAGUGGUCCAGAAGCAAUGCAUCGGGAGCGAACCAUUUUUGGAAUAUCCUCAACUUAUCUGAUCAAUCAAAACAUUAACACCACUAACCUAGACCCCACCCCCCUUCAAUCUCAGAAUUAGUUAGCAUCCCCUUCUCAAAAAACAAAUGUAAAAAAAUAUAUAGAAAAAUAUCACUGUCUGUCAUAAUAUCAUGAAAAUGGGAAUUAGACUUGUUCACCCCUCCUGAUGCUGACUUCUGGAACUAAAUUUGGAAUAAAAUUGUCAAACUACAACUCAUACAGGAUAAGAUACUCCACAUAAUUCACUCCACUGGGCAAACAAUGUAAAAUUGUAUUCACGUCAGAAAUCUGCACACAAAAUAGCCCGGAUAGCUAUGUUAAUCAGAACAAAACAAACAGCCGAUUACUCCUUGUAGACCUAACUAUCGGCAAGAAAACUAUCUUCAUAAACUGGAAAUCAAGGAAUAUCACACAUACACUGGAAGAACCGAAUGAUAGAUUACCUUUCAAUUAAAAAUCUUCCAUCAUAUUCACUCCAUCAGUUUUUACA